AUGCAAGAAAAUCAAGGAUCACUUCGCGCCGAGGAAAAAACGAGAGCCAUGGCAGAUGUCGAGGCGAAUGUUGCGUUCUUCCAGAUGGUACCCUGGACGAGACAGGUUCUCGCCACUGGAAUUUUCGAGGCCAUACCGACCAGCUAUCGAACAAGUCGCCAGGCCGGGGAAGACACAUUCUUCCACGAGACGCUCAACACCUCAUCAACAUUUCCCCACUGGCUCUGGCUGGCUCGGAAACAAGCCGCAACUGUCGAACUGGAUCGAUCGCAUCGUUACUCGACGGGAUGUACAAGUCCUUCGUUGUCUCAGCUGAACAGCAUGUUUCUUGUCGAGGUCGGAGAAGCCUUGUGGGGAUUCAAACAUACGAUGCACGGCGGAGCCAUCUGUGCUCUUCUUGAUCAGGCAUUAUCGCUGUGUGCUGGACGAUAUCAGAAAGCCUCGGAGCAUACAAAUGGAACUGUAUACACCGCGACCCUAUCUGUAAAUUUUCGUCAACCAGUCAUCGUGCCCGCUGUUCUGAUGGUGGAAUGCUGGUUGGAACAACAUACAGGCAGAAAGUGGCACAUCCACGCCCGCCUGGUUGACGGGCAACAUCGAACCCUGUGCGAAGCCCAGGGGGUGUGGAUCUUGUCGAGUAGCGUUCUGUAA